AUGUCCGACUCGGUGAUACAUUAUUUUCCCAAGUUUGAGAAGAAGCCGGAUAUGCGCGAGAGCUUGUUCUCAAGGAGGAAUAGAAAAGUCAAGAUCGCCUUUAAAAGCAUUAGCGGAACGGCCGUUUUGAAAAAAAACAAAAUACUUAUUAACGGAAAUGAAACCCUCGAAUCUGUCCUGAAUUUCCUCAAGAAAGUUUUUAACAGAAAUGAACACAUCUAUCUAUAUAUUAACAACACGAUAAAGCCAAACCUCGAUGAUUUCCUUGCCGAUCUCUUCGAUCUGUAUCAAGUUUCGAACUGUCUAAACAUCUCUUAUAGUUUUACCCCCGCGUAUUAA